UUUUACUUCCCAUUCAUUGUUGGAGACAAAGAAGAAAAAGGAUUUAGUUUGAUUGAUUUGAUAGACGAAGAUCCGUGAUUUCCCCACACGGAAGCGGUCACGCCCCAAACACCGGCGCGCGUUAUCGUCAUCGCUUCUCUUUUCUUUCUUUUUCCCACUUUCUUUACCUUAAGACCUUCUUCUUGACAAGCCCUUUGUUACUCCGCCCCUCCCUCGUGCCGGACUCGAUUCCCAAUUCUACCCUUUUCCCCUAGAUAUCUCGAACUCCGUACAGAUACUCCAGUCACCCUUCCCCUCCGAAAAAAUUCCCGUGGCUGAAUAAUAAUAAGCCAGCCACGCCUAGAUCGCGUCGUUGCGCGGUGGCAAACCAUCCUGUGGUUCCUACCCUCUCGAACACCCACUUCAAGGUUUUCCUUUGCCCUGUUUGGGCCAUCCUUUUGCCGUCCUCGCUUCGCCUUUCUUUGCACCAUUUCCUCUGUCAAUCGUUCGCUUUGCGCAGGAUUGUGUGAAUUUAUAUGGGAUCUGUGAAUAGCGCACAGAAAGUCAACAGAUAUUAGAAUUUGAGUUUGGCGAUAAGAGAAAUAUCUACACUGUUCCAGAAACCACAGAAUAUCCUAGCAGAGUCAAGUCGCAGUUUGUUUAGCCAAGGAUGCCACUUUCCAACAGGCGUCGUGCGCGGCGCAAGGAAAUCCAACUACAGGAGACCUCCGAUGCGGAAGCCCCGGAUUCUUCACCUACCCGUCCAUCAAACAAGAAGCGCAAGGUCGAACGGACCUCCCCUCACCCUCGUCCCAUUAAGACUGCCGAAUCCGCCGACGAGGCCGAUCACUCGUCGCCAGAACAAGAACUAUCCGAGAACCAAGACCUUGUGGAUUUGGUGAUAUCAUAUCUAGAUGCCGCCCGCGAAGAAGUGCGCGUUAUGCGCGACCACUCGAAUACGAAGACCGAGAACAAGCAGAGCAUCCGGGCCUACGCCAAGAUCGCCGGCCGUAAUUGGACGUACUAUGUCAAAACCCUCCAUGUCAACAUUGGGCGCGAGCCAGACCGGGAGCAGAAGCUAGAUGAGCAGUCCAGCCCUGUGACCAUCGCCGCGCGAGCGCUGCCGGAGGUGAAUGUGGACCUAGGACCCAGCAAAUUCGUAUCACGUUUACAUGCAGAGAUCUUCUACGAUGGUGAGGAGACAGCUUCCUGGCACAUACGUGUGAAUGGUCGCAACGGCGUCCGGUUGAACAAUGCCAUUCUUAAGCGCGGGACCGAUGCGAUCCUCUCAUGUGGUGAUGUCAUUGAGAUCGCCAACACUCAGAUGAUGUUCGUCACUCCCGGCGACAAAGCCAAUAUCCACCCCAGCCUGGUCCAACGUGCGCAGCGCCUUGCCAACGGGGAAGAGGAUGUAGCCCCGUGGGAUGCCUCACAACAUGCCCAUCCCCAAUCUGCGACAUCAGGAGCCCCCGAGACUACACGCCCUUCGACCGGCCAACCAACUUUGGCGCCAGCGCCGCAUUUCCUCAAACGACAGGUAACGCCGCCGCCACGGUCCCCCGAUACUGUUGGACAACGGACCGCCAAGCAGUCUCCGCUGUACAAUCGAGGCAUGAUGAUGGAGAGUACGGAGGAGAUUGACUACAGCAAAGAUUCUGCCAAGGAUUUGAAGCCUCCCUACAGCUAUGCAACGUUAAUUGCGCAAGCAAUCUUCUCCAGCGAAGAGGAGAAGCUGACGCUCAACAACAUCUACAAUUGGAUUAUGGAUAAGUAUGCCUUUUAUCGUCACUCUCAGAGCGGUUGGCAGAACUCUAUUCGUCACAACCUGUCAUUGAAUAAAGCUUUCCAGAAAGUGCCCCGUCGCACCGACGAACCCGGAAAAGGAAUGAAGUGGCAGAUUGCUCCCGAGUACCGUGAGGAGUAUUGGAAGAAGCAGCUCCGUAAAGGAACGCAAUCCUCAGCACCGUCCUCCCCAGCCACCAAAGACCCGGCCACGCGUGGAGCCAAUAGCCUGGGAGCAGUUUUCUCCGCUGGCAAGAAAUCGCCUCCGGUGUCGUCUCCCGGGUUUAGUUCUUUUCCUGUGGCGCCGGUUGAGGCUUACACCCCGGAACGGGGCUCGCGAGUGACCCGGACUGGCCCCCAAGAUCAUCCUCUCCGCCCACCUGCCCGAGACUAUGAAGAACCAUCACCAUUACCCGCACGCUCGGCUAUCAAGAACAACAGCAAUGGAACAAGUCUUCGGUACGGAUUAUCCGAUAAUGUCGCUUCUCCGCCGAUCUUAUCAUCCUCCUAUUAUGACGAAGGGCCGUCGUCCAUGAUCACCCCAGCGCCGCAAAGGCAGCAGCCACGACUACCCCCGCCUAGUACAGCACAAAUACCGUCCAAGUUUAUGCCGAUGAGCUCACCGGCGCAGUUUUGGAAAUUUGCCGAUAUUGGCAGUACGCCCGCCCGUCCGGUUCCAGACAUGAGUCCGCUCAAGGGUGAUCCUGGGGACGGACUGGGUAGCAUUCCGAGCAGCAGUCCGCCUCCUCCGAAUCUAGUCAGCCCUAGUAAACCGGGUACGGUCAACGGUCUGGGCAGCGGUCGAGCACUACCUCCGCGGCGAGAGCAUGAUCCGAGAGUACGAUCAGGCGCGAACGGUGCAAGUCAGGAUCUGGGAGACGACGAGGAUGAGGACGAUGGAGGAGCUGGAUUUGAUCUCGCGAGGGGCUUCCAACCGAUCGGAUCGUAUCAUCGACAGUUGAGCAACGCGGCUCGUGCCAGCGCUGCGACAUCAUAGUUGUUCAAUCUUCUUCUACACUUGUCUUUCGAUAUCCGCGUAUGAAUUACAUGGCUUACCUUAUGAUAUUAUUGCUAGAGCAGACCUUCAUAGAACAGAGUGAACAGAAUGAAUGGGUGUAUUUGGUGUUCCACCGGGAGGUUCUCUGACUGCUUAUUUUUAUUUUCAUAUUUUUAUUUUUAUUUAUUUUUUUGAUACACUUGACGUGAGCAAUGAGACAAUGUGCCUAUAUCAAUUAGUGUUUAUAUUAUAUCAUGAUCAAUCCAAAUCAACUCCAAUCAAUUUCCUUCACUCUUGAUUAGGAACAUCCGGCCAGAAGCGCUCCUCCAACCACUUGACCUGCCUCCACCACCU